CCGAUGACGCUACUGCCAGUCGGUUGUCGAAAAACGGGGAGUAUUUGACCGCAUAACCGUUGUAUCCUUCGGUGCGGAAGUGUAACAUGUCGAGGGAGGUCUCAGAGGCGUUGCUUGGUUGAGGUUGGAGGCUGCAGGAGCAAUGAGAAGGAAUGCGAGUGUCAGGAAGAAUUGCGGGGAGAUUGAUUGGCACGAGCCGAGGUUCGUUUCUGGCUCCGAUCGUCGUCCACUUAUUUCACACUUCAUUUGACAUCAGCUCGUCCAUCGUUUCGAUAUCUCGGUCAAGCUCUGCAGAUCGUCGAGGCUGUCAUCAAUAUAGAAUCAACCUGAGCUGUGACUGGCCAUAUCCAGAGCAAUCACGUGAAUCUCGAUGGCCUCGAAAAACACGAACACCCUCAACACGUCGUUUUUAUCCCUCCGAGCAUGACCAGCUUAGUCUCCUCGUCAGUUUUGACUCACUGAUUAUGCCACUUGGGGAGUCCCCUCCCUAUGGACCGCUAUCUAUCGCGCAAACGACCACACAGUCCUCCGCCGCUGACACCAGACGACGAUGACGCUUCCACAGACAUCAAGUUAGCCCAACUAGUAUCCCUGUUUCCAGAAACACCCCAGGAUGCUCUUAUUGAUAUCCUCGUUUCUUGCAGCGGUUCAGUGGAAACUGCAAUAACUACAAUCACAGAGCAGAACCAACUCCGGCAACUCUCCAAACGGCCUCGACCAACUGGUGGCGCACCAGGAACCCAGACGUCCCUUACAUCGCAUAUACACGUAUCCCCAAGCAAAGAUGAAAGCGGAGGAGGCGUUCUAUCGCAACGAAAGCGAAACCCAGUAGUCCAGAAGGGGAAGACGCUGUACCUGUUCAGCCCGGAGGACGUCGCAGCGCAUACAUCCUGCACGAUUAUCCACAACUUCCUCCCACCAGAGCAAGCAAAUGCGCUUCUACUUGAACUUCUGGACGAGUCUCAGCACUUCUCCCGGUAUAAGCUGCAAAUCUUCGACAGAACUGUUGAAAGCCCACACUCUACGUGCGUCUACGUCUCCACGCCAGAGCAGGAAGCUCAGCACACCAACGACUACACAUACGGAGGCACGUACCAUACGAAUAUCCGCCAGGCAACCCCGCACCUGCGCGCGAUCUCUGCACGCGUCCAGAACGCCGUCAACGAAGAAAUCCAGAAGCGGAUUCGGGACGUCUACCCGGACGGCAAGAAACUCAAGUACCAGUCGCCGCGGGAAUGGAUGCCCAACGCUGCCUUUGUCAAUUGCUACAAUGGACCCGCAGAAAGCGUCGGAUACCACACUGAUCACCUUACCUACUUAGGGCCCCGCGCGGUCAUUGGGAGUAUAAGCCUAGGUGUUCAACGGGAAUUUCGUGUGCGGCGGAUAGCCCCAGAUGAAGAUGAGGCGGCAGGAGAGAAAUCCGCGCGGACACGGGCUGACUCUCAGGGGCAGAUAUCCAUAGCAUUGCCGCAUAAUUCUCUUUUGGUCAUGCAUGCGGAGACACAAGAGGAAUGGAAGCAUUCAAUUGCUCCUGCGCAGACUAUUUCCCCGCAUCCUUUAUCAGGUAAUCGGCGGAUCAAUAUCACUUACCGGUGGUAUCGGGAUUCAUUACAUCCGCGAAACAUCCCGCGUUGUCGCUGCAACGCACAUGCAGUCCUUAAAUGCGUCCAACGUAAACGUGACACCAGAGGACGUUACAUGUGGUUAUGUUAUAUGGGAUCGAAGCCGGGGAAGCAAGGCUGUGGCUUUUUCCAAUGGGCUGAGUUUGACGAUGACGGCGAGCCACUUUGGAAAAAGCCUCAAACUAAUGAAGAGGAUGCGAAUGCCCCAAAUCUAAUUAAUUUCGCCGACUGAAAAGAAAGCGAACUUUUGUAACAAGCUCUCCAAAUAGACUGGCAUUGGAUGCUGGCUUAGCUAUAUACACGAGUAGCCCUCUGCGGCCUAGCCACAAAUGCAGUAGGCCACAAUCCAUAGCAAUGGUAGACGCAUGCUUAAUGGAAACCGUGUUGUCAGAGUCAUUGUGUCAACGAACUUGAUCCGAUCUUUGUUCAAUGUACUAGCUGCUGAAUAAAGUGUGGACCAAACGUGAGCUGUCCAUCCAAUCAUUACC